UCAUUCUGUGCUACAAAAUCAAAAAUAGACUGUCACAAAUUUACAAAACUGUGUUGUGAAAUCGUACUCCAAGAGGAGUAGCGCUGAAAACCUUCCCUAUCUGCUUGGACCCCCGAGCACCCAAUGGUUCAGGAGCAUGGCCUGUGAGAGGUUGAACUUCGUGCUGUUUGUGGUCGCAGUGUUUGGACAUGGCGUAACGCUGGCGGCCAGUCCACCUCACAUCCUCUUCGUGGCUGCUGAUGACCUCGGCUGGAAUGAUGUUGGAUUUCACGGUAACGAUGCCAUCAAGACGCCAAACCUCGACGCACUGGCUCAUGAAGGUGUCAUUCUCAACCACACCUAUGUUCAGCCGGUCUGCUCACCCACAAGAAGCUGCUUCAUGAGUGGACGCUUUCCCUUCCAUACAGGUCUACAGCAUUCUGUCAUCCAGCCAGAGCGUGCAUACGGGCUCAACCUCAGUAUCACCACAACGGCACAGCAACUCAAGUCUCUAGGGUAUUCUACUCACAUCAUUGGCAAGUGGCACCUUGGAUUCUGCAACAAAGAGUACACGCCGACCCAGCGUGGUUUUGACUCGUUCUUUGGCUACUACCUGGGAGCUGAGGACUACUACACACACAGGCGAAGCGGCAGUGUACCAAGCAACUCACAGAACAAAAAAGAUGUGAACAUUGAUGGCUUGGACUUCCACCGUGACACAGCGGACAGUUAUAGUAAUGUUGUGAACGACAAUGGAACAUACUCCGCUUAUGCAUUUGCUGCGGAGGCAAUCAACAUCGCGAAGGGUCAUAAUGCGACCAGCGGUCCGCUCUAUCUCUACCUGCCUUUCCAAUCAGUGCAUGGACCACUUCAGGCCCCGCAGAGAUUCGUGGACAUGUACAGCCAUAUCAAGGACAAGAAGAGACGCACAUUUUCAGCAAUGGUGACAGCUAUGGAUGAAGCUAUCGGUAAUAUAACGCAGACCUACAAGGAUCAAGGACUCUGGGAGAACACAAUGAUGAUUUUCACCACGGAUAAUGGAGGACCGACAACAGUGGGAGCUAACAACUGGCCACUGCGCGGCGGAAAGCACACAGUGUGGGAAGGAGGCACGCGUGGCUCGGCGUUCAUCCACGGAUUUAUGCUGAACAAGACCGGGUAUACUUAUAACGGAGUUACCCAUUCUGUGGACUGGUAUCCAACAGUGGUCUCCAUUGCUGGUGGCAAAGUUGAUGUUAGCGACAUUGACGGCCUGGACGUGUGGCCAGCCUUGCAGAACAACUUGACUUCACCCAGAACUGGUUUUGUGUACAACAUCGACAAGACUGGCAAUGUAUCUGCUAUCAGAGUCGGUCAAUACAAGUACAUCACAGGAAUUCCAGGAUCACCUAGUGGCUGGUAUCCACCCCCUGGUGAUGAUGUGUUUCUGGACAAUGACGGAAUGGAGGCCGAUAGUGGUGCAAAGCCUGACAAAGGCCCAUGGCUAUUCGACGUGGACGUUGACCCACUGGAGAAGAACAAUCUUUACUCCACUAUGCCAGACCAGGUCAAGGUGAUGGAGGCUCAGCUAGCGGAGUACAUGGAAGGAUACGUGGAUGACCUCUACAGCAAGCACCCACCGGAUCCCAAAUGCAACCCAGCGCUAUACGAUGGAGCAUGGUCUCCGGGCUGGUGCUAAACUGCUAAUGCUAUCAAAUUGGUGGAAAUGUCCAACUAGUUCUGUUCAAUGCAGUAAUCCUUUUCUUGCCAGGGUUCUGGCCGAUAUAUUGUGGCCUUAUUUUCUCGUUUGAUCGACUACUUCUGUUUUCUUCUUCCGGCCACUUGGCUAUGAAAUACAUAAACUGACUAUGUGUGUAUGGGCGA